UGACUUCUCAAAAGCCACGAAAUAAAAUCCCGUGGGGCACCACCAACUCCGAGUGUACUUUUGGUCCCCACUUCUCAUCCGGGAUACAAAAUGGCGCUGCCGGGAUGGGAAAAGUUGGGGUCCUUACGGUUUUCAGAUGCCUUUUGGACUUGGCUCUUGAUUGUCCAAACGUUCGUGGGAUUCGGGUCCUGUUUAGAGCGGCAGCUCUGUGACUCCGACUGUACGUGUAGUGGCGACCUUCUGGAUUGCAGCAGUAGGGGGCUAGAAAAAGUUCCUCAGGACCUGCCCACCUGGGUAGUUUAUCUAAACCUGAGCCACAACAAGUUGACAGAGAUUGAUCCUUCUGCUUUCGCAAAGCUGCCAAACCUACGGGAGGUGCGAUUGAAUAACAAUGAACUGACAGCUAUUCCAUCCCUGGGAGCAGCUUCAGCCCACAUAACCUCCCUGUACCUGAAUCGCAACAAGAUCCAUAGCAUUGAAGCAAGCCAACUGGAGCCAUAUGUUGCCCUGGAAACGUUGGACCUGAGCUCAAAUAACAUCACAGAAAUCCGAAGUGGCUGCUUCCCAGUGGGACUUCAUAUAAAGGACCUCUACCUGGGGAGCAACAGAAUCAGCAUCUUGGAGACCAAGGCUUUUGAUAGUCUCUCACGAUCCCUGCUAACGCUUCGCCUGAGUAAAAACAGGAUCACUCAGCUUCCUCUGAAAGCAUUCAAGCUGCCUAAGCUCACGCAACUAGAGCUAAACCGGAAUCGUAUUCGUCUGAUAGAAGGCCUGACAUUUCAAGGGCUGGACAGCUUAGAAGUUCUGAAGCUGCAGCGCAACAACAUAAGCAAGCUGACCGAUGGAGCUUUCUGGGGACUGGCCAGAAUGCAAGUUCUGCAUCUGGAGUACAACAUCCUCACAGAGGUGAACAGUGGAUCCCUGUAUGGUCUUGCAUCUCUUCAGCAAUUUCAUCUCAGUAACAACUUGAUAUCCCGUAUCAGCCCCGUUGGAUGGAGUUUCUGCCAAAAGCUGAAUGAACUGUCAUUGUCGUUUAACAACCUAACUAGGCUGGAUGAGGGGAGUUUAGCAGACCUGGGAGGAUUGCAAAUACUACAGCUCAGCCACAAUUCCAUCAGCCACAUUGCAGAAGGAGCGUUCAAAGGACUUAAAAGCUUGCGUGUUCUGAAUCUGGACCAUAACGAGAUUUCAGGCACAAUAGAAGACACCAGUGGGGCUUUUACAGGCCUGGAAAACUUAAGCACGCUAACUCUGUUUGGAAACAAGAUCACGUCUGUGGCCAAGGAGGCGUUCUCAGGCUUGGAGGCCCUGGAACACCUGAACCUUGAAGACAAUGCCAUACGGUCUGUUCAGGAGGAUGCAUUUACCAAGCUAAAGAACCUGAAGAAGCUCCGCAUAAAUAGUGAAAGCUUCCUGUGUGAUUGUCAGCUCAAGUGGUUGCCGCAGUGGUUAACCAAGAAGGAACUGCAGCCAUUUGUGGAAGCUACCUGUGCCCACCCAGAGUCUUUAAAGGGAAGAAACAUUUUCGAUGUGGUGCCAGAAAGUUUUGUAUGUGAGGAUUUCCCCAAGCCGAAGAUUAUUGUUGAGCCGGAGACUACGAUGGCUGUCCUCGGCAAGAACAUCCGCUUCACCUGCUCAGCUGCGAGUAGCAGCACUUCGCCCAUGACCUUUGCCUGGAAGAAAGACAAUGAAGUCCUACACCAUGCCGAGAUGGAGAACUUUGCUCAUGUCCGGGCAAGAGAUGGUGUGGUGAUAGAGUACACCACCAUUCUGCACCUGCGCCAUGUCGCUUUCACCCACGAGGGGCGCUACCAGUGCAUCAUUACCAACCAUUUUGGCUCUACGUAUUCUCACAAAGCUCAGCUUACGGUGAAUGUGUUGCCAUCGUUCCUCAAAACCCCCCAUGACAUUGCAGCCCGGACUGGGACAACAGCCCGGUUGGAGUGUGCCGCUGGUGGUCACCCCACCCCGCAAAUUGCUUGGCAGAAAGAUGGAGGCACUGACUUCCCUGCUGCUCGUGAGCGGCGGAUGCAUGUCAUGCCUGAUGAUGACGUCUUCUUCAUCACCGACGUGAAGAUAGAGGACAUGGGCAUUUAUAGCUGUACUGCCCAGAAUUCUGCUGGCUCUGUGUCAGCGAAUGCUACCCUGACUGUGCUGGAGACUCCAAGCUUGGUUCACCCACUGGAAGAUCGCGUUGUCUCGGUGGGUGAAACCGUGGUUCUGCAGUGCAAAGCAACAGGAAGUCCCCCUCCACGCAUUAACUGGCUGAAGGGCGACCAGUCCCUGAUAGUCACCGAAAGGCAUCACUUCACUCCAGGAAACCAGUUGCUUAUUGUCCGGAAUGUUGUGGUGGAAGAUGCUGGGAAAUAUACUUGUGAGAUCUCGAACACUGUCGGAACAGAACGGGCGCACAGCCACGUUAGCGUGUUGCCUUCGCUGGGCUGCCGGAAGGAUGGAACCACGGUCGGGAUUAUCACUAUUGCUGUAGUAGGCAGCAUCGUGUUAACAUCCAUCAUUUGGGUGUGCAUAAUCUAUCAAACCAGAAAGAAGAGCGAAGAAUACAGCGUCACCAACACAGAUGAGACCAUUGUACCACCUGAUGUGCCAAGCUAUCUGUCAUCCCAAGGGACACUGUCCGAACGACAAGAAUCGGUGGUCACAGUGGAAAAUGGCCAACAGCCCAACGGGCACAUAAAGAGCAAUGGUGUUUGCCAAACUGAAGGUGGGAAGGAUCCGGAGGCCGACGCUCAUCCUAUUGUUUACCGGCAGCCAAAGCUGUGCUUAGGAUACAACAAGGAAGCUUGGAGAGGAGAAGAUAUCGCUGAAAAGAUGCUCACUGCUGACAAGACAGAUUACAGCUUGCCAGUUGUAUGCACUGAUUGCAGUGGGAGCACUGAUAGUAUGAGCAUCACCAUUUACCCCAAGGAUCCAGAUUAUUACCCUCUGCCUGCAGAGACUGUGCCUCCAAAUGCUUCCAGCAGCAAAGAGAACAGCAGGCAGGACAGUGUACCUGCUGCUAACUGUCAAAGUCCUUCAAAGUGCAAUGGGAGUGUGAGCGGCAGGAAAUCCGAUGUCAACGGUACUAUCUAUCCCAGUAAUCACGACAGGAUACGAUCUGCGAGCCCAAGCACACCACCUCGAGAGGACAGGACAGGUUCUUCACAGCCAUUAGCAAAACCUUCAGAGCCUUACAGCUUUCUAUUGCCUUCUGAAGGCUCACUGAGGCACCUCAAAGGAACUGCUGAACUAUCUCAGACAUUGCCAGAAGUGGAAGUUAAACAAACACUUCUCUCCAAUGGACACUUACCAAGGUCACGUGACUCCCUUCACGAGUCAAGCCACUGAAAAGAUCACCACAGACUGAGGAAACUGCUAUGUGCAAAUGGAACGGAACGGAACGGAAUAUAUAUAUAUAUAUAUAUAUAUAUAUAUAUAUAUAUAUAUAUAUAUAUGCACAGAAUUAUCUAAGCUACUUCUACCUCAGGUUCUGGACUGACAGCUUCUCAAAGGAAGAAAAAGAGAAAGCAAAAUGAGGUAUAAGAAGCUUGUGUGGGGGAACAAAGUUGUGUCUCAGCCGUUGCCCACUUGUACAUAGUUCUUAAACUUCCCUGAGAAGUAUCUGUGGCUCACACGUUGGCUUGCAUAUAAAGCACAGAAAUAAAAAAGGUUAUUGUGUAAAGUAAAAAGAAAAGUAUUUGAUAACAAAUUUGUACAUAAGAGUUUCAUAUAUAUAUAUAUAUAAAUCUAUAUAUAUAUUAUAUCUUCUAACAGAGGUUAUUUUAUUCCUUGGUGCAUGAUCGAACUGAGUGAAAUUAUACAAUGUUGACAAUGUACAUUGUUUUCUCACUAUAAGGUGGUUAUUAGGUUUUCUUAGCACUCACCCAAGAGUUUUGGUGCCUUAGGUAGAAGAACUUCAAGGACAGGCCCAUAUACCUUUAACGGAGAAGACUUUGCUGAUGAAACUUCAUCCAUUUUUCCCCCUUUGAUAGUACUGAAUUGGCUUGUUAGUUCAAAUAUCUCCUUGGAAAUGCUGCACAAAUCUAUGCAGUCUUAAAGUUUAUAUGGAGAUCUGUUAUUUCAGCAUUGCCAAGCAGAGGUGAUGCAAGGCACUCCAGGAACGUCUGAAGCGUGUGAUCCUUGGCACACGUGAUUAAACUGGUGUGCAUCAGCGGUGUUUUCGUUCAGUGCAAUUGGGCUGGUGCCAGAAAUGGAAAAAAACAGGCAGCCAUCACUUUUUUAAAAAAAAGUAGCUCCUAUCGUGCUGGGUUAUACGCAUACAUGUCCAGUUGACUUCAAACAAAUUUUAGAUGCACACAGCCUUGCAUAGGACCUGUAUUUAUAUUUAAGUGCUAAAUGUUCAUUGCACUAGUUGAUAAUCUGCAUCCCAGUGGAACAGCCCUGAACUGCACAUAAACCUCAAAACAGGCAAGACAAUGUAGACAAUUAUUAAUUGGCCGACUUUCCUUUGCUCUGAAAUGUGUCUAAUGGAAACUCCUUACUAUUUUCAUUGUGGUACCUUAGCACUGACAAUGGUAAUCUUAAAAUAUGUUGCUAAUACUAAAUUUACUUUCUUAUGCAGUAAUCCAACACACUGAAUCAUCCUUUUGCACACAUAACACCUUUUCUGAUCUGGAUGCUGUCUUAGAACCCAGAUUCUUAGUGACUAGCUCUAUCUGCUUUUGAAGAAAGCUCUCUGAAUUUUGUAAGGUAUUUCAGUUUUAAUUUCCACCAAGAAAACUAUUCAAAGGAUGUUACCAUACUAGGCUACUGUUUUUAUUUAAUUUUUUAAAAUACUGCUUUGAGAGCUGUCAGCCACCUAAAGCACUAUUAUAAAGCAAAUGUUCUAAAGCAAACUAAUAAAAACACACCCCAAUGUGAACACACACAGGAAAAGCUGUUUUACUUAAAAUCUAAGUAUAGAGCAUUUUUUUAUUUAUAGAAGUGCUGCUGCUUCUUGAUGUUUGUACCUGUGUGUUGAAAGUUUCAUUUUCCCAUAAUAGUUUGUAGUCUGGGCUCUUCUAAUACAAGAUUGUUGAAUUUAAGUUAUGACUUAGGCUAAGAGGGGCAGAAUGGCAUUUUGGGUUUUCUGUUUUUUAUUGUUAUUAUUCUUAGCCAUGACUUUUAAAGGCCAGUUUCAGAGGAGCAAUGCUGGGGAGCAAGAAUGUUUAGUUUAGGGCAGUAUUGUAUGAGGCCCUAUAAGGAUUGUGGGACCUAACCUGGGAGGCCCCACCUGUAUGGGACAGUGUACAAAGAGUGGGCUUAAGCUAGCAUACCACGUAAAUGGAAGCCUUUCUUUCUGGCUGUGCAGCCACCUUGAUCAGAUUGUUCGAUCAGUUCUGAAUAAGGCAUUUGAGUAUUUCCUUGCACCAAUCUUUCUCUCAACGAUUCCUGUAUUGGAAAGUGCCACAUCGAAUAGGCAUCAUGAGACCAGGUUAGCACACAGGUUGCUCUUCAACCCUGAGGUAUGUCCUUUCCACAAGAAACAACCAGGUGUUUGUGGCCUGCCAUCCGUGGCUGUUUGACCCUCUAGUUUUAUGCGAGUGCGAUGGGCUUUCUAAUAGGAAAUCUGGUCAAAUGUAAACUUCGUCAUCGUGGUCUCUGUGCAUCACGCAUAUGGGCUCUGUGCCUGCACGGAGCUUAUUUCGGGGAACUUCCAAAGCCAGGAUAAGUGGUUUUGGCAGGAACCCCUCCCCCACCCCAAUGUUUUUUUGGCGGGAGCCCCUCCCGCACCUCAACCCAACACUUAUCAGCUUCGGAAGUUUCCCAAAGCGAGCUUUGCACAGGUGCAGAGCCCAUAUGUGUGAAUGCACAGACGACCGCUUGAAGACCCAGUUACAGGAAAGCAACCUGUUCUUUUCUCUUAAAGCUAGGUUGAGCCUGUAAACAUCUGGCUGUUUUGCACCUCCAACCCAUAGGAGGAGAUGCGUAUUUGUAAGGCAAGGACCUUAAACGUUUUGCCGUCUGCUUUUUAGCUGAAGCUGGCCUUUAUGAAGCAAUGCGUAAAUUAGCCAGCUGUCUGUCUCCGUCACUUCCUGAUGGUAGAUACACUUGCACUUUGUAGUAGGUGGCUAAUUAUGUGAGGUGCCAACGUUAUAGCUAUUCAGUAAAUUUUAAGAACGCAGUGGCCAAUAAGAAAAACAAAAAUAUUCAGGGUGCAUUUUUCAUUGUAUCAAGAGGGAAUACGUGGAAAUGCUUUAGGUUAGGUUGAGGGAACGUGCCUACAAAAAAGCAUAGGAAAAUGUUAUCACCAUUGGAAAUGCUAAGCACACUUGCCGCGUUAACAUUUUGAAAAAUAUUGUAUUUUUGGAUAUGGUUAACUGUUUAAUGUUACUUCCACUAAAUAUGUGAAUCUGCUGCUUCUGAGAGGCAAUGUGAAAGAGGAAGUAUUACUUUUGUGUACAAAGUUAUUUAUUUAUUAGAAAAUUUUGGUACAAUGUUGUACAUUGAGAAGUACAUUGUAAAAAUAUUGGAAGUGUCUAACAAACGGCAUUGAAGUGUCUUUAAUAAAGGUCCAUUUAUAAUAUCA